AUGAAUAUCCACGAUGCUGUUUCUGUGAAUUCUACAGCUGGAGCAUGCAACAAACCGAGAGAAAUGAAAACAUUUGGUGUGGACGUCCCGAACGGUUCAUUGCGGUCAAAACCAAAACGGCCAGAAGAUCUUCAGUUUGAUUUCGAUGUCACAUUAUCCACUUUGAGGGAACAAAUGGCAGCAAAAGUAGAAGAAGAAGAAGCACUGAUCAAAAGCUUAGAUGAAAUGCUGCGUAAGACUUCAGUUAGUGAAGCAGAACAUACGCCGAGCUCAGAUAUCUCUUUACCAUUUAAUUUGGCACUCACACGUCUCAAGAAUCAAAUGACUUUGGUUGAAUCCGAUACCAAACAACUCGCUACUAAACUGAAAAUGAUUUCUGGUUUAGCAGAUAGUAUUUCAAGCAAAGUUUUGGCACUGGAUAUAGCGAAAGGCCGAGUAGUUGAAUGUUUACAGCGGGUCAGUGAUUUAAUGGAUUUGCGUACUUGUGCGGACGGUGUACGUUCUGCCAUAGAACAGGAGGAUUAUGAAUUAGCUGCUAGACAUAUUCAUAAAUUUUUGACUUUGGAUACAACAAUUUUUCAAAUGAGUGAUCACGGAGAAGCGAAAGAUCAGUCAAUGGGGAAAAGUUACGAGAUUUUGCGAGAAGCAGCUAAUGAAAUGAAAUCAAUAAUUGAAAAACGCUUCAACCAAGCUGUUGAAGACAAUGAUGUUGCCUCAAUUCAAAGAUUUUUCAAGUUGUUUCCACUACUUAAUGAACACAUGAAAGGUAUCGAACUGAUUGGCAAUUAUCUUUGUAGUGAGAUCCAUCAAUUUGCAGAGCGGAAUUAUAAAGUAAUGCUAGCUGGUGGUAUUGAUGAUACGAGAAUAAGCGUGCUUUAUGCAGAUGCAUUGACAAUGCUUUUUGAAGGAAUAGCUCGUGAAAUACAAGUAUAUGAGCCAUUGAUUGGUUCCUCAUACGGUCCGGAUAAGUUGGUAUCAUUGAUUGAAAUACUGCAGAAAGAAUGCGAUAAAGAAGCGGAACGGAUCAUUGAUGCAUUCAUGAAGAACAGACAGUUUGAUAGCAAAGCAAAAAUGGUUGAAAAAAUAACAAGAAACUCAGACAAAUACCCACUAGAUAAAAUCGACGUCUUAGAACUAGAUGUAUUGUUGUCCGAAGUAACACUUAUGCACACUAGGACCCAUCUUUAUUGGCGGUAUCUUAAGAGACGACUGAAUAUGGCAAAUAUGAAAACUGAUGAGCAGCCAAGAGAAUUUGAUGAGGAUCAGAUGAAUGAUGAAAAUAAACGGCUUUCAGAAGAACUUAGAGCAAAACAGAAGCGUGAAAGAAAUAACAAAUUGGAUGAUUUGGUUCUGCGGUCGGUUCUUGGAACAAGAAUGCAGGAGCUAUUGGGUCAAUAUGUGCUCAUGGAACAAUUUUAUAUGACGGAAUCGGUCGCAAAGGCAAUGACUAUGGAUUUAAAAGAAGUCGACAGUUUAACAAGCUCUAUGCUUGAUGAUGUGUUUUUCAUUAUUCGCAAAUGUGUAAGGCGUUCUCUCAGUUCGUCAUCAGUGGAUUGUACAUGUGCUGUGUUAAAUAAUGGUGUAACUGCAUUAGAAGCAGAUUUUCUGAAAUAUAUAUUUCAGGGUAUCAAGAGUGGUUAUCCGGGUGCAGGUUGGACUGCCGAAGCAUAUCAAACGGCGCAAACAGCAUAUAAUGCUAUACAACAUGGAAAAAUAGUCGCAGAUUCUGGACUUGAGAAGCUGAAAGAAAUUUUCUUAACUGCUUUAAACAACGUUCGUGCGUCAGCUGAAUGUACGAAAGCAUUAAAAAAAGGGUUAUUGGAAGAUUUUGAAAAGCACCUGACUGAGGUAAGUGAACUUGAAAAGGGCAAGCUGGAAAAUGCUGUUAGUCAGCUGGACGAUUUGGUACGAAAAUUCGACAGUUCUGCAAAUAUUGGCGUUGAUAAAUUGUGCACAGCUGUAUUUCGACCUAAACUGAAACCUGUCAUGGACCUCUACUUAAAUGUUACUCAUACUCCUUCUGAGAGUGAAUUCGCUGAUUUUGAAGCAGAAGAUCCGUUCAUGGAAAAUUUCAUUGCAACACUUGAUCGCCAGUUAGCAGCUUUUGAGCCGUUGCUUGUUCCUGUUAAUUACCAGGAAUUGCUAGUGGCAGUUUGUGCUGAAGUUUCUAUGCAGUUCGAGCGUGUAAUAAUGAAAAAUGUUUAUAAUCGACUUGGUGGUUUGCAACUUGACAAAGAUUUCCGUUCUUUGAGCUCAUAUCUGACGAACAUUGCUGGUUGGGUCGUACGUGAGAAAUGUACGAGGUUAUCUCAGAUAGUAUCUAUAAUAAAUGUAGACAGCGUCGCAGAGGCAGAAGAGUGCUUCCAUCAGUUACAGCAUCAUAAUCUUACAUUAACAAGCGAUGAAGCGAUGAAAUUACUUACACUACGAAUUGAUUUGCCGUCCGAUGCCAUUAAAAAUGCUUCGUUUUGA